GCCCGUUUGCCAUUCAGUUGAGUUCAGUUUAGUUGAGUCUCAGUCAAAACACAACCAACUGCGAUUUGGUGGCACAUUCGUUCGAUGGCAACGGUUUGGAUAACAGGCGCGCGCUUUGUUUUAUUAUCCCACAUUAUCAGCGGCAUUAUUGUUAUUGGUAUUGUACGCUCAAUUUUAAUGUUGAAUGUCCAUCGCGCUCUGUUCUCGUAUUCGCAAUCGCAUUCGUAUCGUCAGCUGCGUCAGCUAGUAGUGGCGGCCACCAGCCAGUGAAUUUGAAUUACAAUCGAAAUUUGUCGUAUCUCAAAACUGAAACUGAAUCUCAAAUCACAAAAAUUACAAAAAAAAAACUGAACCAGAAGCGUCAGUUGAACGUGUGUGAGUGUUGCGUGAAGCGCGCGUCGCCGUCGUCGGUCGUUUCGGUCAACGCUAAUAACAAUAAUAAUUAUAAUAACAAUAAUAAUAACAACAACACAUCAGUGGCAACAGCAACAGCAACAGCUACAGCAACAGCAACAAUAAUAAUAAUAAUAAUAAUAGUUUGUAAUAACAAUAAUGAUAACACUAUGAAUGUUAAACAAGUCAUUGAAUUCGAAAUGAUUGAAUAGGCGCCACCACUUUGAAUCUUCUUCAAAUCAAUAUUUACUAAUUAACACACACACAGAAUAUGGUGCAAGUGAAUUAAAUACGAGUGCAAUUUAAAUUAAUAAUAAAAAUUAUUACGAAACCAAAAUCAAGUAUACGCUACACGAAACUUUGUUACAAUAAAUUUUUUAAAUAUUUAAACUAAAUUAAUUUUACGUAUUUUUACAAAGUGCAAUAAUUUAUCAAAACUAACUGAAAACUAAAAUAACAAAAAAUUUACAAAAUUUAAUAAUUGUUAAUUAACUGAAUUUGUCCAGUGCCCAGUGAGCACACAAACACACACAUAACUGAAAGUUUAUUCGUAUACGAGUGUUGAGUGCGUCGCGUGCAGUUACUUUUGGUAGCUGCUGUAGUCGUGCAACAAAACCGCCAAAAUUCUCACCGCCAACCACAACUACAACAACAGUAAUAACAACAACAACAGCAGCAACGAUAUGAAUUCGUACUUUGAACAGGCCUCCGGCUUCUAUGGCCAUCCGCAUCAGGCCUCGGGCAUGACAAUGGGCACAAGCGGCCAUCACGAUCAGACGACGGCCAGCGCCGCAGCGGCCGCCUACAGAGGCUUUCCGCUGUCGCUGGGCAUGUCCCCGUACGCCAAUCAUCAUCUGCAGCGCACCACACAGGAUUCGCCGUACGAUGCGAGCCUCACCGCUGCCUGCAACAAGAUCUACGGCGAGGCUGGCAGCGCCUACAAACAGGACUGUCUCAACAUCAAGGCCGAUGCCGUCAAUGGCUACAAGGACAUCUGGAACACGGGCGGCACCAAUGGCGGCGGCGGCGGUGGCGGAGGCGGUGGCAACACCGGCAGCGCUGGCAACACCUCAAACGGCUCCAAUGCACCCAACACGGCCAAUGGACAGAAUAACCCCGGCGGCGGUGGUGGCAUGCCCGUUCGCCCAUCCGCCUGCACGCCCGACUCCCGCGUCGGCGGCUAUUUGGACACAUCGGGCGGCAGUCCGGUCAGUCAUCGUGGUGGCGGCAGCGCUGGCGGUGGCAAUGGAGCCGGCGGUGGCGGUGUGGCACAGAAUUCGGCCAGCGGCGUGGGCGGCGGCGGCGGUGUGGGCGCGGCCACAGCCUGGAAUGCCAAUUGCACCAUCUCGGGCGCUGCAGCGGCACAAACAGCGGCCGCCAGCAGUUUACACCAGCCCGGCAAUCACACCUUCUACCCCUGGAUGGCAAUCGCAGGUGAGUCCACAGCAGAUCCAAUCAAAAGUAAGAUAAGAUCUGAUUUAACACAAUACGGCGGCAUAUCAACAGACAUGGGUAAGAGAUACACAGAAUCUCUUGCGGGCUCUCUUCUACCAGACUGGCUAGGCACAAAUGGUCUGAGGAGACGUGGCAGACAGACAUACACCCGCUACCAGACACUGGAGCUGGAGAAGGAGUUCCACACGAAUCAUUAUUUGACCCGCAGACGGAGAAUCGAGAUGGCGCAUGCGCUGUGUUUGACAGAGCGACAGAUCAAGAUCUGGUUCCAGAAUCGUCGAAUGAAAUUGAAAAAGGAAAUCCAGGCGAUCAAGGAGCUCAACGAGCAGGAGAAACAGGCGCAGGCGCAAAAAGCGGCGGCGGCAGCUGCGGCGGCGGCGGCGGUGCAAGGCGGCCAUUUAGAUCAGAAUUAGAAUGAAUUAAAUGAAAAAGCAAAACAAACAAUAUAUUGUAACAAAAAAACAUUUACUUAACUUAAUUGCAUACGAGUAAUAAUUACAAAAAUACGGUAUGAAUAUUGUACGUGUAUAAUAUACGAGUAUACCAGCAAAAAAUGAUAAUUUAAAUUUAAAAACAAAAACAAAAAAUGUGUGUGUGUGUUUGAAAAUGCAACCGAAAAUACGUAAAUGCGAACAGCAACAAAAACUUACAAAUAAAUUUAUUAGACCUAAGUAAGUGACAGAUUAAAAAAAAGUAGUGAACAGCAAAAAACAAAAAAACAAAAACAAACAGAUCUACUUACCUAUAUAGAUGCAUACAUACAUUAUUAUAUACGAAUACAAAAUACAAAAACAAAUACAAAAUAACAAUACGAAUACAAAUUUCAUUUUCAACUCAAUUCCACAACAAGAACAACAUAGAAGUAAAAUUCAUUUCGAACAUUUUGUUUGCCAGCGUAAGAUUUUAACUAUUGUAUAUUCUUUUUUCCAAAAUCAAAAACAAAAAUCCCUGUUUAAAAUGUUGCUCCUUUUCUUCGACCCCCCACUUAGAAACCCUUUGUUGCUUACUGCUAUGUUUAAAUUAUUUUUUGAAAAAUAUAAAAACAACAAAAAAAAAUACUCAUACAAAAAAAUGUUAAAAUGAAAAACAUAUUUAAAUUCUGUUGAUAUGAAUUUUUGUAAGGCGCGUUUUUAAACUAAUUGAAACUAAACAAAAAUUACGUAAAAAUUUACAACAACAAAACAAAGCGAAUGAAAACUAUUGAAAAUUUAACUUAAAUAUAAAUAGAAUUUGUUAGCAAAGUAAAAGUAUAUUACAAGAACAAAAUUAUAGAAAACUAAAAAAAAAACAACAAGAGAAUAUAAUAAUAAUUAUUAUUAAAAGCAUAAUGAUAAUAAUAAUUAAUAAUACAAAUGAAAAAAAUGUGUAUAGUUCGUGCUUAAAGUUAAUGCAAUUUUAGUUAACUCUGUUUAAUUUUAAAUUAAAUUGUUUAGUUUUCAUCUAAGCCCGCAACAACCACAACAACAA